UGUAAAAUCGAAAGUAGAAAUUCCAAAAAUCAAGAAGAAAAGGGUGAUUUACAGACUUGUUGACUGUCUUCAGAUGUUAUAAGUUCCAAACACAAGGAUGGCAAGUGGAAGUGGAAUAGAUACAGACAAAGUUAUUUACAAACGAGAAGGAGAAGGUGAUGAAGUUAAACAUGAGGAGGUUGAAUUGUUACCGAAAGGAGAUGAGCAACCAAAAGCUGAAAGUCAAGUUACUGCAACAAGCAGACCCAAGCAGCUAUUUGAUGAUGGAAUGAAAUCAGUAAAAGAAAAUAAAUUAUUUACUACUUGUGUUGUGGUUGAUAUUGUUUUGAUACUGGUUAUAUUUAUCGUAACCCUUAUGUGGUUGAAUUUUGCACAGACGGAGAUUGUUGAUUUUGAUCCUGCACCAAAAAUGUAUUGCAUGAAAUGCGAAUAUGUUGCUAAAGUGGAUGAAGCAAAGUAUUUUCCUGAUGCUGAAAGUGGCCAGUGUUGUGCCAAAAAAGAAAUGUACAUGAAAGAUAGGUUGAAAAAGAAAGUUGAAAAGACAUUGAAUGAGGAAUACAGGGAAAAACCUCUAUUCCAAUUGUGUCUGAAUUCUACAACAGCAGAACAUCCAAGGGGAUAUGGUCAGGUUAAAAGUGUUAGCCAGGCACAGGCAGGAAUUCUUGACAACUUGUACUUAAUUAGAUGGGACUAUCCACCAAGUAAUCUUGAUCCAGAAACAUUUUUGGAGAGAAUUUUGUAUGACAGCACUGAAGGAACUUACCAGGUCCAGAGAGCAGGGUAUUAUCACAUCUACAGCAAUCUGGUAUUUGAAUUCCCAAAGGAUAACUCAACAAAUAUCACACCAGCAGAUAGUGUUAUCCGUCAUUUGGUUUUGAAAUACAGGAAGGAGUACAAUAUUGGAGAAAAGUUUUUGGAAGGGUAUUCUACUAUGUGUCCUACCACUGGAGAGACAACCUGGAACUCCUUUGUUUUCGGAAACUUUUAUUUGGAAACCACAGAUAAGGUCAAGGUCUUUGUUAAUAAUCCUAGAUAUCUGGCUACAAAAGAUCCAAACAGUGGUGGCAUUCAUAAGGCCACAUCUUACUUUGGAUUGUAUUUGAUCUAAAUGACAGAAAUGUAGUAUUUCCAUUAAUACAGUGCUUUAAAGGACAAUAAAAAUCCAAAAUUUUUGAAAGGGGGUCAUUGGGGAGAUAUCUUUGGGGUGAAGGUCCAUGUGAGGUCUGGACUUCAAUUUUUUUUUAAAUUAGUUAAAACCAAAAAUUAUGAAGCGUGGCGUUUAAACCACCCUUUCAUGUAUUCUUCAAAUUAUUCAGUACUUGUUAGGAAAGUGUGCUGAAGUCCAGAUUGGUUAAUUUGCUUUUAUUUUUAAUUUUACUUUAUCAUAGAUGAUUUUGGCUAUUGAUUUCUUAGACUUGUAGUUAUUUUAAUAUCUUACUGAGAAUAUAUGUAUAUCUUCAGUUACCAAUUGCAUCUGAGGAUUCCUCACAUAGUUUAAGGGAGAUUAUCAUCUUUAUGGGAGCAAUUUGGAAUGUUGCAGUUGAUUUGAUAAAAAAUUUCAGGAAUAGAAAAAUACUUACUAGUAUACAACUGCAAUUCAUUGAAUGAAAAUAUUUUGUUAAUUUUAAUUGUCAAUCAAUUGCUGCUUUCACAAAAAUGGUGAUUUCCAUUAAUUGUAAAUUACCUUUGUUUGUUGGUUAUUUUCAUUAUAUAUCUGUGAAAAUGCAUAAUAUGAAUUAAUUAUGCCCAAAAAAAUUACAAAAAGCGUGAUACUUAAGGAAGUGUUUUUAUUAUUGAAAGAAUUGUUUGGAAAGUCAGAGAUCCUAAAUUCAGCAUUUUAUUAAUAAAAUCUUUUUCAUAUAUUAGUACAAACUAGAAGUGUGAUAAUUAUUUCUGUCUAUCUGUAAAAAAUUUUCAAUCAAAUCUCUGCAUUUCAUACUGCAGAAUGGAAGAAAUUAAUAGAAAGUCUUUAUUGUUAUUGCUUAAUAAUUGAAAAUGUAUGAAAGCAACAUAAAAAAAUGUGAAAGGUAUCAACUGUAAUUUUAUGAAAUAUAAGCUUACUGCAAUACUUCAGAAGAUAUGCAAGCAUAAAUUUAGACGAAUAGAUCAUUAUAUUAUAUUCUAAAAUAUUAUUCAUACAACAUUAUAUUAUGUUGUGUCUGAUUAAAUCUGAAGACAAAAAUAACCUGACACAUGCAUUAUAUCAUUGUAGUACAAAUGUUUCAGUAUAAACAAAUAUCAUUUUGUUUCGGCUUAUAUAUUUGAAUGAUAUGAGAAUGAAAAGUGACUAUUUGAGGUAUAUAUAUAGUUGGUAUAUUAAAGAGACUUGUUAGAUCAGUCUCUUUUUUUUUUGUGUAUGUAGAUCAUUUAAUAAAAUCAUUGCAUUUAGUGUUAUUGCAGAAAAAGAUUUUUUUUUGUACACCUUGAUAAAUGCUCUAUAUAAAAACAAUGCAUAUAUUUAUAAGCAGUAAAGUAAAAAAUUGCAAAAGAAUAGAAGAUGUAAUUGUUUUAAUAUGAAUCAUAAGGAAAAAAGAAAAUAUAUAAUUUAGUGCCAUAAUUUUUUUUCAGUGUAAAUAACAUUUGAGUGCCAUAUUAUUUUUGUUGUUGCUAUUAUUUAUAUGUAAUUGUUUUAAUAAUGAUUUAAUAUUCUAACUGUCAAAUCAAAGAUUAGAAAUCCAUUCCUAUCCUUACCCGAUUUGAUUUAUUAGUUAUAUUCUAGUUUUUUAAAGAGAUUUUUCAUUCAAGUACUUCUCAAUCCCUUUCUUUUCUAUUUCCAUCAAGAGAAUUGUCUGGUUAAUCCUUAUCUUAUCAAAAAAAAUUUUGAAGCUAACUACAGCUUUUAAAACUGUGGAAGGAUUAGUAUAUUUCAAUUCACAAAAUUACUAUAUAAGGUUAAAAUUUACUGGUUCAUUAAACUACUUGCCAUGCAUUGUUAAGGAUUUGAGGAAAGAAGCAAUAAGAAAAUCAUAAAAUAUUCAUUAUAUUCUUAUUACAUUUUCAAUUAAACUUAUUGCAAAAUUGUGUAACUGCAAAUAAAAUAUUCUUUUAAUUAUUUGUGUUCGGUGAAAUAAAUGUUUUCAAAUCAAAAGUGGAAAUUAUGAAUUUAAUGCAUAAUAGAAAAUGAGAGUUGGUAAUUUUUAGUUGUUUUCUUGUUUGUUUUUGCUUUUUAUUAAUUGUUUACUUUAGUAGUUUUAACAUAGGUUAGUUUGAGUGAAAAAGUAUUAGUAACUGCACAAUAUAAGGAACAACAGAGUAAAAUUGCACCUGUUUAUUUAUACGUACCGGUGAAAACGACUGUUUAAAAUACCAGGAUGUAAAUUAUUUUCUUUGAAACUCUUUAGUAGAUUUUGCAUAAAGUUAUUUAGAACAUCAGCAUCAUACAUCUAUAUAUUUUACGAUGCGUUUUUUUAUUUAAUAAUAAUUGGUGUACCUAUUUUAUUAUCAUUGUUAACUGUUGGCAGCUCAAUUCAAUAGGAUUCUUUUGCCUGUUAUACGUUGAAUUUUUGUGAGAUGAUGUAUAUUUCAUAAAUUUUACUAUGGAGCUUCAAAAAUUUUUUGAUUCCACUGAAUUUGAGCUGCCAAAAAAACAUCUGUAAAUAUUCUUGGUGCAAAGUUUUCCUACAUGUAAUGUAUUUUAUAUAUAUUUAACAUAAUAAUCUUUAAUGUUUAAAUUUUUUUUAUUGCUUCCUAUCUUUAUAACAUUGUUAAAAUUUCAGGAUUUGUGACAUAUUAAGUAAUUUAAAUUUUUUUCUGAAAAUUAUGGAUGCAAAAAAGAAUUUUUUUCUGGAAAUUAUGGAUGCAAAAAAGAAAACAACAACCUUUUACUAAUGGCUUAUUUGGCUAUAAUUUUUUGGUUCUUUUUGGUCAUAUAUAGCUCUUCAACUGUUUUGUUUCUUUUAAAUCAUUGGCUUUCAAAUAUUCGGCUUUGAGAAUUCCUGAUGAAGGUAAAUCCAGAAAAGUGCUUCGGACACAUGAAAUUUAUAAAGUGUUGUUUUCAUUUUUUUACAUGUAUAUUUGAUGCCAAAUUUUUAAAAAAUAAUGAAAAAGUUGUACUAACAAAAGUUCAGUUUAUAGCACUGUUGUAGACUUUGAAGUGUUUUGAUUUAUGUUUUCUUAGCCAUUUAACUUUAUAUACAUGUAGUAUUAAGGUUGUAACUUAUAUUACACUCACUUUUUAAAGUCUCUGUAGUUAUUGUACUCAAUAUAAAACACAGAAAAUUGAAUUCAUUUCACUCAAACAUUAUGUACUCAGCUGCUUAAGCCUUCAGUUAACAUUAUUGUUUUGGACUCUUUUCAUGUUCUUUUUUCUUCAUCCUGUGGUUUUAAACAAAUUAAAUUUAAAUAUUUAAUUAUUUUAAUACUUUGAAAUCUAUCAAACCUGUCAAAACUCAACUUUUUUUAUCCGGACACAAUUUACUCAUUUGAAAAAAUAUAAUGAUACAACUAUCAGAAAGACACAUUCUAAUGGGUAAGAAAUAGUUUACAAAGUCACAACAUAAAAUUUAUCUUUAAAACAUUAUUAUUAAGCUGAAGGUAAUAUGUCCCAAUUUGGCUUUAUCGUUCGAACUUUUGCGGUUUAAUUAGCUCUUCAACAUUUGUAUUAGAUUUUGGAUUUUCAAAUAUUUUGGCAAUACUGAAAAGACAUUAAUUGUCGAAAUGUGCACCAUGUGCAGUGAAAUUGAUACCGAUAAUAAUCUAUGGACUUGUAAUAACUGUAUAAUUUUUAGAAAUGAUUAAACAAAAGUGCCUGAUAGUUUUUAUUGAAUUUUCUAAAUGUACACAUGGUACAUCUGAUUUUGAUAUCUUGUAAUUUGUAUUUCUAACCUUUUAUAAAUAAAUUGUUUAAAAAGAAAAAGAAAUGAAAAUUGUACUUUAAAAUAAUGUUAACUUUUGUCUUGUUGAUUAUUCAAAUUCCUAGAAUAAGUCAAUUUUACCUUUUUACAGAGGAUAGUUAUUUCACUACAAAAGUUAUUUUACACUCUUGAAAUAUUGGUCCAAGACUGGUUAAAAAAAUAAAAAAAAACAUAUGAGGUUUUUGUUCUGACUAUUUUACAAAUCAAUCAAAUAACUACUUGUGGUUAAAGUGCAAUGUUUACUACAGCAGCUAUUUGUCAUUUAUUGUACAUAACAACACUUUGCAGAGUGAAUAAAAUAUAGCCAUUUA